AUGAGAGGAAUUGAAACUGUGCCGCCUAAGCAGGUUAGAAAAUGCUGCAUGCCAAGCAAGAUGCACAUGUACCAUGAUUUCUGUCGAAAAGCCAGCACAAGGAGAAGGUGUCUUGACAUAGAUGAGUGCACUGAAAAUAUACACGCAUGUGACGAAUCAACUCAAUGCAAAAACGAGCGAGGUACUUACAGAUGCAAAUGCCCUCCUGGAAUGAUUUUUUACGGCUACACUUGCCAUGACAUCAACGAAUGCUUCGCCGGAACACACUCUUGUACUCCUUCCGAACAAUGUGCCAAUAUAAUAGUCACAAAAGAAUUCAAAGGAGUUGGAUAUAGAUGUUUCUCUGAAAACGAAAGUGAGAAGCAAUUUUCCGAGGCCCAAAUUGCUUCCUUCGAGCAUGCACCCGAGAUGCUCUUCUUUGAAAUCGAAGACACUUUUGAUGAUAUUGAAUUUUUCAAAGUCGAGGAAGCACUUUCGACAUCGAAGGCAUCCUCGUUUCCGAAGAAACUUUGUAUACAGUACUUUGGCGGGUCAAUUGAAAAGAUUCUCGCUGAAGUGGGCGUUGAUCCAAGUCGCUGGAUUAUACGUUCGAUGGUUCAAGACAUAAACCGUCUUAUACGUCAUAUUUGCGGCACCAAGAUCCAAAAUCAAAGUCUCAAGCGGUGCAUUCAGGAGAAAGGUGGCGGCGAAAACGUUAUCAGUACUGCAGAAUCAGGAAUCACGAAUACUACGGAGUGGGCAGCAAGAAUGGAAGAACUCAUUCAUGGACGUGUUGGCGAGUGCAACAUCAUAAAAUGGCAUGUUCAGUGGACUCAUCGGUUGAAACGAGUGGAGUCUAACUUGCACAAAAUAUCAAUGGAAUACCAAAAGAAGAACCUUUCAUAA